GUGGUGGUCCAUUGCGACCGAUUUGGAUCUGCAGCGGCGGACAAUGGAGGGUGGGAGGUGGGCGAGCGAUGCUUGACUGCUGCCUGCCUGCUUGUCACGCAUGCACAUGCUUGGAGGGGCUUGGCUCGUGGCCUGCACGACGAGAGCAAGAGUUGUCUCCCCCCGGAGCACCACUUGCAUCAUCACACCACUUGGCCACCACCACCACUAGCCAGCCCUCCGCGUCGGCCCAAACGCAACUUCCCAUUCGCCCCCCUUUAUUCCACCCACACCCACACCACUCCCAUCGUCUCUCCUGCCCACUCCAAUCUAGUACACUCCCAGCUACCCCCAGUUCGCCACCGCACACCACCUCUACCUACCUACAACCAACACCAACUCACACCCACAGGCACCAUGAGUCAGGAGCGCGGUCGCGACCCGAUCGUCUCGACUGGCCGCGGCGGCGCCGGCAACCUCGUGCGCGAGAGCAGCGUCGGCCCCGACAGCGGCGUGGCCGAUGAGCGUGGCCGCGAGUUCUCGCCCCGCCCUGUUGAUCGCGCGAUCCACGCAGGCCGUGGCGGCGCAGGCAACAUUCGCUCGCCGUCCCGCGACCCCAAGCGCGACGCCAUCAGCGAGGCCCAGGAGGACGCCCUGCAGGAGAAGCUUAUCGCCGAGAGACGCGGCCGCGAGAUGGACAAGCCGUUCUCGUCGGGCCGCGGUGGCGCGGGCAACAUUUCCGACUCGCGUUCGCGCUCGCGCUCGGCGGUGCGCGGCGGCGCAGCUGGCGCAGCAAGCGACCGGGGAGCCCGUGACGAGUCGCGCUCGCGCUCGCGGAUGCGCGACUCGAUCGGCCCCGUGCACUCUGGCCGCGGCGGCUACGGCAACAUUCUCGAGGAGGGACACGAGGAGGACCCGAGCAAGCGCGUCCAGGAGGCGCUGUACGAGAAGGCCGUCAAGGCCAAGUAUGACGAGGAGGACUCGCACCACCAACGCCCGAUUGGCCGCGGAGGAGCCGGCAGCGUCGGACAGACGUUUGAGCCUGUCGACCUCUCGACGCUGACCAUUGAGGAGCGUGAGGCGCACCAGAAGCUUGCGGCAGCCGAGGGGCAGACGCGUAUUCGCUCUGGUGGGCGCGGCGGCGCGGGCAAUAUGCACGCUGUGUCGACCGACGACCGCGGGCGCGGCUCGAGCAGCAACGGCGGCGGCGUGUUUGGCAGCAUGCUGCGCUCGCUCAGCCGCGCGGCGGGCCGCGACUCGUCGCAACAAGCUGCGCGCUAGUACAAGCCGAGCGAGCACAUUGCACCACAUUGUAUGGGCGCUGCAGCCAGCCACGCUGCAGCUACCACUGUUCCGUUCCUUUUGAGAUGUAGAUAUCCUAGUUGUGCUGGUUAGGUUCGGCAUGUGUCAUACUUGCAUGAACGUAAUGAUAUGGCGG